CCGAACAACGAAAGAAAACAAAGGGGGCCGUCCGCAGUCAUUUCGUUUCAGCCUCUUUCGAUUCGACAUUUCCACUCCCCCCUUCUCCACGCUGCAAGAUUUUCUCUGACCAGUUUCCCCCCUUCUUCCUCUCUACCCAAGUAGAAAAGGAAGAAGCCCUUUGAGCUUCUGCAAGCGCUCUCUCAGCUUCACAGGCAACUGAGAACAGCUCGCUCGGUCCAUCAAUGGCUCGAAACAGGGAAGCGUUGGUAUGGUUGCUUGAUGUGGGUCCAUCAGUGCACCAUCUUCUUCCAGAGGUGGAGCAUGUCUGCUCAAUGAUAGUACAGAAUAAGCUGCUUCACAAAGAAAAUGACGAAGUUGGAGUUGUUCUGUUUGGAACAGAAGAGACUGAAAAUGAAGACGCAAAAGAAGUGGGUGGAUAUGAGCAUGUAUUUGUCUCACAUAGUAUCCAGGUUGUAAAUGGGGACGUACUUGAAACUUUGCAGCAUCUUCCUCGAGGACCUGUUUCCGGUGAUUUUCUUGAUGCUAUUGUUGUUGGGACAUCUAUGCUUAUCAAGAAAUUUGGACCCCUGUAUCCAGGAAGGAAAAAGUUGUAUCUUAUAACUGAUGCUUCAUCUCCCAUAAAAGGUUCUCAUGGGGGGAGCCAGGAGGAACAAGUCAAAAAUCUUGCUGCAGCUAUGAGUUCAAGUGGGAUAAAGUUGGAGUCCAUAGUUGCCCGGGGGAUCUCUGGGAGCGAUGCUGAUGAGAUGGUAAUAGUGAAAAAUGACCGCAUCUUAAAUUUAUUAUCAAGGAUCACCUGUGCAAAGAUGACUUACGUUGAAAGUCCAACUUCCUUAUUAGGAGCAAUUAGAAUCCGAGACAAGUUUCCUGGGACGAUAUUCCGUGGUGAUCUUGAGAUUAGUUCUCAAUUGAAGAUCAAGGUUCGAGUUUACAAAAAAACAUUGGAGGAGAAGUUCCCGACUUUGAAGAGAUUCUGUGAUGAAGCAUCUCAUCCAGAUGAGUUGUGUGGAGUUAAAGUAAAACAUCAGUUUAAAAGCUUUGGAGAUGAUGGCCAAAUCGUGCCGUCUUCACAUGAAGUGACUAAUGGUUACCUAUAUGGACCUCAAGUAGUUGAUAUAUCUUCUUCUCAAAUGAAUGCGGUCAAGUUCAAACCAGAAAAAGGCGUAAAGCUGUUAGGAUUUACAGAUUCUUCAAAUAUCAUGAGGCACCAUUACAUGACAGAUGUGAGGCUAUUCAUUGCUGAGCCAGGUGACACAGAAGCCACAAUCGCAAUUUCUGCCUUAGCUCGAGCUAUGAAGAGGAUGAAUAAAGUGGCAAUUUUGCGUUGUGUGUGGAGAAAAGGACAGGCAAAUGUUGUUAUCGGAGUCCUGACACCAAAUGUUAGUGACGAUGAUAACAUGCCUGACUCAUUCUACUUCAAUGCACUUCCAUUCUUCGAGGAUCUUCGGGAGUUCAAGUUUCUGUCAUUCUGCAAUCUCUCAGCUUCUUUGCAACCAAGUGAAGAGCAGCAACGAGCUGCAGAUGAGUUGGUAGAGGUGCUUGAUCUCGGGCCAUCAGACCACCAGGAGGAACUUGCUCCUGAUUUCACACCGAAUCCCGUCCUUCAACGUUACUAUGAUUUCCUCCAGUUGAAAGUGAAGAACCCAGAUGCAGCUGUGCCUCCACUCAGUGGUGCUCUCAGAAGAAUUACUGAACCUGACCCAGAGUUUCUUUCUCGAAUCGAGGCUAUUAUCGAAGCAUUCAUGAGGAAAUUCGGGGUUCGCGAAUGGCACAUACAUGGGUAGAUUGGGCCUGUGCAGUCUUUUUCUGGUUUUCUUUUGGAUACAUAUGAAAGGAACAGCUUCGCAUGAUGUUAGAGGAUGAAGCACCUUUUUGCUAUUCAGGAUACUAUGGGCGAGUAGUCUGUAUAUAAUCUACCAGUUUCUAGUCCUCGCCAGUUGCCCCAGUAAAAAAAAUGGCAGGACACAGGAGGGUCACUGAACCUGAGUGGAGUUUCUUUCUAGGAAUGAGGUUGUCAUCGACACAAUUCAAGAGGUAAUUCAAGGUUGUUGAUGUACACUUAUUUGGGCAGACGUAGAUUGGCCUGCGUGGUCUUUUUUUGGGUCUAUGAAAGGAAUAGCUUCAUGUGAUUUUAGGAUGAAGCACCAUUUUGUUGUUGGGGAUAUUAUGGGAAGUCAGUCUUUUGUAUAAUCUAUCAUUUCCUGUUCUU